CCGGGCAGGCGACCCAGGAGACAGCGGCGCCUCGGCCUCUCCCCACCAGGCGGCCCCGGACCUCACUAGACACCCCGAGGGCACACCGACCACGCCUCUACAGUCACCCCGCGCUGACCCCUCCCCUCUUCUCUGGCCUCUUUCCCCAUCCUUCUCGCCUUUACCCUCCCCAUCCUUCCCCGAGCUCCGGGCCGCCGCCCUCCCCUCACUCCCGGACCGGCCUUUCUCGACGCUUCCACUCCUCCUAGGGAGAUGCGAUGAGCUGGUGCCCUCGCGUCCUCCUCGCCGCCCCGGGCGCGGUGUCCGCCCAGCGCCCGUGGUGGGGAGGAAUUACCCCGCGAGCCCUCCGUGACGCCCCUCCCUUGGGCCCCCCCCCAUCUGGCGUCCUCGGGCCAUGCCCCAGGGCAUAUAGCCAGGGGGUGGGCUCUAGAGCGAGGGGAGUGGAGAGGAGGAAGGACGGGGCCUUGGGCGCCUCUGAGAUGCUCUCAAGAGCCAGGGGGUGCCAAGCGAGGUGCAGACUACCGAACAGCAAGCAUGAUGCCCUCGCCUAGUGACUCCAGCCGCUCGCUGACCAGCCGGCCAAGCACCCGGGGCCUUACCCACCUCCGCCUCCACCGGCCCUGGCUGCAGGCCCUGCUCAUACUGGGCCUGGCCCAGGUGCUUCUGGGCAUCCUGGUGGUCACCUUCAGCAUGGUGGCCUCUUCUGUCACCACCACUGAGAGCAUCAAAAGGUCCUGCCCAUCUUGGGCUGGGUUCUCGCUGGCGUUCUCCGGGGUGGUUGGCAUCGUGUCCUGGAAGCGGCCAUUCACUCUAGUGAUCUCCUUCUUCUCCCUGCUGUCGGUGCUCUGUGUCAUGCUCAGCAUGGCUGGCUCUGUCCUCUCCUGUAAGAAUGCUCAGCUGGCCCGAGACUUCCGAGAUUGCUCCAUGGAAGGAAAGGUCUGUGUGUGCUGCCCCUCCGUUCCCCUGCUCCGGCCCUGUCCAGAAUCAGGGCAGGAACUGAAAGUUGCCCCUAACUCCACCUGUGAUGAAGCCCGAGGAGCCCUCAAGAACCUGCUUUUCAGCGUCUGUGGGCUCACCAUCUGUGCCGCCAUAAUCUGUACCCUCUCUGCUAUUGUUUGCUGCAUUCAGAUCUUCUCCCUGGACUUGGUGCACACUCAGCUGGCCCCUGAGCGGUCAGUCUCUGGCCCCCUGGGGCCUCUGGGCUGUGCAUCGUCGCCCCCAGCCCCUCUUCUACACACCAUGCUGGACUUGGAGGAAUUUGUACCGCCUGUGCCCCCACCACCCUACUAUCCCCCAGAGUACACCUGCAGCUCAGAAACAGAUGCACAGAGCAUCACCUACAAUGGCUCCAUGGACAGCCCAGUGCCCUUGUACCCUACUGAUUGCCCUCCUUCUUAUGAGGCCGUCAUGGGGCUCCGAGGAGACAGCCAGGCCACUCUGUUUGAUCCUCAGCUUCAUGAUGGCUCCUGCAUCUGUGAGCGAGUGGCCUCCAUUGUAGAUGUGUCCAUGGACAGCGGGUCUCUGGUGCUUUCGGCCAUCGGCGACCUCCCCGGGGGCUCUAGCCCGUCGGAGGACUCGUGCCUGCUGGAGCUGCAGGGCUCCGUCCGCUCCGUUGACUACGUGCUCUUCCGCUCCAUCCAGCGCAGUCGCGCUGGCUACUGCCUCAGCCUGGACUGCGGCCUGCGGGGCCCCUUUGAGGACAGCCCCCUGCCCCGGAGGCCCCCAAGGGCUGCCCGUUCCUAUUCCUGCUCUGCCCCUGAGGCUCCACCUCCACUGGGUGCCCCCACGGCCGCCCGCAGCUGCCACCGGCUGGAGGGCUGGCCGCCCUGGGUGGGACCCUGCUUCCCUGAACUGAGGCGGCGGGUCCCCCGGGGAGGCAGACAGCCAGCAGCCGCAGCCCCUCCCGCCCGAGCCCCAACUCGACGCUUCAGCGAUAGCUCAGGUUCCCUCACCCCCCCGGGGCACCGGCCUCCUCACCCGGCUCCCCCGCCACCGCUGCUGCUGCCUCGGUCCCACAGCGACCCGGGCAUCACCACCUCCAGCGACACUGCUGACUUCAGGGACCUUUAUACCAAAGUGCUUGAGGAAGAAGCUGCUUCCGUUUCCUCUGCAGAUACAGGGCUAUGCUCCGAAGCCUGCCUCUUCCGCCUCACCCGCUGCCCUUCCCCCAAGUUGCUACGAGCCCGCUCAGCCGAGAAACGGCACCCUGUGCCCACCUUCCAGAAGGUCCCCCUGCCCUCGGGCCCUGCACCUGCCCACUCCCUGGGGGACCUGAAGGGCAGCUGGCCAGGCCGGGGCCUGGUCACUCGUUUCCUCCAGAUGUCCAGGAAGGCUCCAGACCCCGGUGGGAAUGGAACCCAUGGGCACAAGCAGGUGCCCCGAAGCCCUUGGGGCCGGCCAGGCCGAGAGAGCCUCCACCUUCGCAGCUGUGGUGAUCUGAGCUCCGGCUCCUCCCUGCGGCGCCUCCUCUCUAGCCGCAGGCUGGAGCGUGGUACCCGCCCCCACAGCCUCAGCCUCAAUGGGGGCAGCCGGGAGACCGGGCUCUGACCUGGGCUUCUUGGCACACCAAACAGAUCCAGGGGGCGCCUGCUGCUUGCCUCUGCCCACUCCAGCCUGAAAGAGCUUCUGUCCUGUGCUAUGUGGGUAUUUAGGCUGUGGUGGGGGAAGAUGCCCAUGCUUACAGCAUUGGAGGAGAAAAACCCAUACACUCCU